AUGCCAUCACGCUUGCUUUUCCCCGUGGCUGUCUUGACCCUGCUGUCACUGUGCUGCGGUGUGGCCCAGAGCGCUCCGAUGUUCUACAACGUAUCCAUGGAUGGUAGCGGUGAUGACGGGUUGGAGUUCCUCUUCCCAAAUGCCUUCUCCACCCGUGCGCCGGUUCGAAUCAGCGCCACCACUCAUCAUCCCGAAGCUUCUGACAGACCCACGCUAACCAACACCAUCACCACGACCAUUAUCCGUCUAAAGGACUUUGUACUGACCAGAGUGGUGGACUUUCUGGAGGAUAAUCUUCUGAUCAUCGUGAUUGUGGCCUCUGUUCUCAUUUUGAUGGUCUUCAUUAUCUGCUGCGCUUCUGCCAUGAGUCAGAAGCGCAAGCUGGAGGCCUACAAGGUUCCUCCUCAAGCUCCCAGGAAGCACGCAAUGGAUAAAUCUGCCGUGCACAGUGUACAAAGACUUCCUCACGAGUUCCAGGAGAGGCCGUACGCCGUGGACCACGUCAAGAGAGUUCAGAUGCAGGGCAACGUCUCGCCCAAGAAUCUACGUAUGCCUUCCAAGGCUCUGAUAGGAGAGAGGGGCAGGGAUGUCAGGUCUUCACCACGUCAGGAGGUGAGGAAGGUCAGGGACGUGGAGGAAGUGGAGAUGCGCAGAGAAGAGCCCAGAUACAAAGAGCCGAUGAAGCGCAGGGAGGAGGUACAGCACACCUCCAGUCAUCCUGCGUGCACCUGCCAUCUGAAGAAGGGCCACUACUAG